AUGGCAUCUAAAUUUAAAUAUCUUGAAUCAGUUAUAACAGCAGGUGGAAAAAUAGAUCAGGAUGUCAAACAUAGAGUUAAUGGCGGUUGGAUGAAAUGGCGAACACUUACGAGAGUCUUGUGUCAGAAAAGAAUGCCACCUAAACUAAAAGGAAAACUGUAUAAAACUGUUGUCAGGCCGGCAUUAAUGUAUUGCACUAAAUGUUGGGCAGCUCAGAAGCAACACAUCCAAAAAUUACAUGUAGCAGAAAUGCGCUGGUAUGGACCCAUAAGUAGACAGAAUGAUGACCAGAUUGUAAGAAAAGCAAUGAAUAUCAAAAACCAACCAGGAAAAGAGGAAGACCUCCAACAACAUGGAAGAAAACUAUUGAGAAUGAUAUGA